AUGGACGCCGUGUCCUCAUCCUCGCCGCUGCGCAUUGUGAUCGUCCCGUGGCUCGCAUUCGGCCACAUGCUCCCGUACCUGGAACUCUCCGAGCGGCUCGCCGCGCGGGGCCACCGCGUGUCCUAUGUCUCCACGCCGCGCAAUCUCGCCCGCCUCCCGCUCCCGCUGCGCCCCGCGGCGGCGCCGCGCGUGGACCUCGUCGCGCUCCCUCUCCCGCGCGUCGACGACCUCGCCGACGGCGCCGAGUCCACCAACGACGUCCCCGACGACGACCGCGAGCUCCACUGGAAGGCCUUCGACGGCCUCGCCGCGCCGUUCGCGGAGUUCCUGGCCGCCGCGUGCGCCGACGAGACCACGCGGCCUCACUGGAUCAUCGCCGACUCUUUCCACCACUGGGCAGCCGCCGCCGCCCUAGAGCACCAGGUGCCAUGCGCGAUGCUUCUCCCGACCGCUGCGUUGAUCGCCACCGCGCCCCACCUGCCGCCGGAGCACCGUGGAGCACGUGAUCUUCCCCGUUACGAGCAGGAGGUGAUGGACCCGGCUUACAACAACCAUGGCAUAUCGGGUAUGUCCAUCAUCCGGCGCUUUAACUUGACAAAAGACAGGUGCACCGUCGCGGCCAUGCGGAGCUGCAUCGAGUGGGAACCCGAGUCCUUCCCACUGGCGGCGCCGCUCCUCGGCAAGCCGGUCGUUCCCCUCGGCCUUCUGCCGCCGUCAGCCGACGGAGCCCGCCGUGCCGCUGCCAAAGGAGCAGAGCAUGCCACCGUGCGCUGGCUGGACGCGCAGCCUCCCGACUCCGUUGUUUACGUCGCCCUAGGAAGCGAGGUGCCGCUGCGCGUGGAGCAGGUGCACGAGCUGGCCUUCGGGCUGGAGCUCGCCGGGACGCGCUUCCUCUGGGCCCUGAGAAAGCCUAGCGGUGCCGCUGUACUCGACGACGAUGGCGUGGACAUGCUUCCUCCUGGUUUCCAAGAGCGCACUCGCGGCCAGGGGCUGGUGACCACGGGAUGGGUUCCUCAGGUAAACAUCCUGGGGCACACGGCCGUGGGCGGGUUCCUGACACAUUGCGGCCGGAACUCACUGAUCGAGGGCCUCAUGUUCGGGCACCCGCUUGUCAUGCUGCCCAUCUUCGGCGACCAAGGGCCGAACGCGCGGCAAAUGGAGGCGAAGAAGGUGGGGUUGCAGGUGGCGAGGAAUCAGGACGACGGGUCGUUCGACCGCCACGGCGUCGCGACAGCGGUCCGGGCCGUCAUGGUUGACGAAGAGGCCAGGAGGGGUUUCGUGGCAGGUGCAGCGAAGAUGCAGGCGGUAGUAGCUGAUACGGAACUUCACGAUAGGUACAUCGACGAAUUUGUCGAGCACCUCAGAUCUUACUACGCCGCUUCAUGUGCAAACUGA